UACAAGCCAAUCAGAAAUCCCAGAUUUAUUAAAAUUUCUUUAUUUUUUUACGAUGUCUCAGCGGCGUGCGAAACGUCUCAAAAGACAGCGCAGAAUAUCCGAUUGUAUAAUGAAGGUAAUGUGCAACGGCGACUACGUAGACGCUUUCAGGAUGUUGGAAAUAUCGCGCACGUCAGAAUACAAUCUGACGCCCCUGCAUGAGGGCAUUCUACGUAGAAUCCUGCUGCGCCUGAUGAAACCGUGUAGAAGGGAUAGACGUCGUAAGCUGAACGGAUUCAACCAGAAUAGCGAUACACUGGAGGAUCUUCUGCUCGAAAGAAUGGGAAUACCUCGCGAAACACUCGAAGAAAUCUACGAAGAAGUGGUAUCAGGCAAUUUCCACACUUUCUACAAUUACCUUCAUUACGCGCAGACGAUUAAUCAUGCGAUUCAGGUGAAUUUGCAGAUCUUCACCAAUCACUGCAUGCGCGUGAAGCUGGCUGAGCAGGAAAUCGAGACCAUGGAAUCAAACCUAGAAACGGACCCAGAAAUGGGCCUUCUUUAUACGUCGAUCACGUUUACGUUGGGGCUUCUCUUUUUUUUCUAUUUCAUUUAUAGCAAGAUUCUAUCUUAGGAUCCUUAAUUUCUUAAUUGGGUUUCAUAUAUUUUUUUAUCAAGAAAGGCACCUAAUCGCCAACAACCAUCAGUCCGGAUAUAAUUAAACCUAUUGGCCCGUUGGCUGUUGGCCAAACUUCAAUCAAACAUUUAACCAAAUUAGUAGCCUUGCUGUCAAUUGCCAGUGGUU